CCAUGGCAUCUCCCAGGACUAUCACCAUCGUCGCCCUCUCGGUGGCCCUGGGGCUCUUCUUUGUCUUUAUGGGGACCAUCAAACUGACUCCUCGGCUCAGCAGAGAUGCCUACAAUGAGAUGAAACGAGCGUACAAAAGCUACGUGCGGGCCCUCCCCAUGCUAAAGAAGAUAGGAGUCAGCUCCAUCCUUCUCCGCAAGAGCAUUGGUGCCCUAGAAGUAGCAUGCGGCAUUGUCAUGACACUGGUGCCUGGUCGUCCCAAAGACGUGGCCAACUUUCUCCUCCUCCUCCUUGUCCUGGCUGUGCUCUUUUUCCACCAGCUAGUGGGGGAUCCACUCAAGCGUUACGCCCAUGCCCUAGUCUUUGGGAUCCUGCUUACCUGUCGUCUGCUGAUUGCCCGCCAGCCUGAGGAGCAGCUGCCAGAAAAGAGAAUCCUGUCAGUGAAUGGGGAUGAGCAGCCACUCAUCCAUGAAGCAGCUCCUGAGAAAGGCAAAAUGAAGGUAUCCUAGUUGAGCGCGUGUGAGAAAUACGGACCCUCAAGGCAGCUCUCUCCAAAAUCACCCAGAAAAUUUGUUUUUUAUUUACCUAUUUAUAUUUUUUGUCUGUCUAAAUAAAGUUGCACUUGGGGUCUGAGACACA